AUAAAUACAAUAGUCGUGGAGACUGACCCACAUGGUAAUGCCAACCCCAGAAUUUGUAAUGUGCCACGUGCCCACUCCUUUAAUUUAGGGGCUGUAUUAGAAACGAUACCAUCAGCCCGUUCCUCCAUCCCUUGUCACGACCCAGAGGCACCUCUCGUUCAAAACAGACAAAUUGAAGCCUUCCUCCAGGAACUCCCCUUUUCCGACUCUUCCUAGGACUCCUUGGGAGGAUUCAAGAUUUCAAUCCAUGGCAGAGUUUUCGGAGAAUAUCAACUGUCUUAAGCCCUCUCUCCCUUUCAUGGAAAUGGACCCAAGCUUGGAGUUGAUGGGCCAGUUUCCGGAGCUUAAUGGCACUGCCGUGGAGUGCUGUUAUUCCAGCAUGGGACUCAUGGGCUUCCCCAGUGAGAAUUAUUACCAGCCUGAGUUCUCGAUGCCACUCGCUGAUAGCUUGUCAAGCUUCUUGCCCCUGGAGUGCGCGAAACCAAAUACCGCGAGUCGGCCUGUGACUGCCGACAGGGAGCGGGGUCCUGGAGACAGGAAAAGGAAGGCGAAGGCAGCACCAGAGACCAGCUCAACGAACUCCUCGGAACCACCUACAGAGAGUCUUUUAAGAGAUGACAAGUCUAAGAAGAAGAAUGUUUCAGGGAAUGUGAAGAGAGGAAGGAAGAAUUCAGAGGAAGUGGAGAAGCCAAAGGAGGUGGUUCAUGUGAGGGCAAGAAGAGGCCAAGCUACUGACAGCCACAGUCUAGCUGAGAGGGUAAGAAGGGAGAGGAUUAAUGAAAGAAUGAGAUGCUUACAGGACCUUGUUCCGGGAUGUUAUAAGGCCAUGGGCAUGGCGGGAAUGCUCGAUGAAAUAAUUAACUAUGUGCAGUCGCUACAGAACCAAGUUGAGUUUCUUUCAAUGAAACUUUCGGCUGCAAGCUCUUUCUAUGACUACAACUUGGACUUGGAAGCCACAGCAACACCACAGGUGGUUAAUGCGUUUGAGGCCCACGAUGUGGAUAGGGUACUGAGGGAAAGAUAUGGGUGUUGCACCACCUUCCACUCGACAAUGCCCCUUUGACUCCAGUUUUGGCUCUUGGCUCUGCCAUCUCUUCAACCACAUACGUUUGCACUUCCUCCUCCCAGCCCAUUUCAAGCAGCCUACGUCCCUGAUACCUCGCAUUUCAAACAUGCACGUACAGGAACCAUGCAUGUACUUCCCCACACGUGUAGGGCAACACAUGACAUAUACCUUGUCAUGUAUUCUUCCCGUCUGUUUAUCUACUCUGAAAAAAGAAAAAUAAUAAUCUUGUCAUUUGGUGUCUUUUUAUUGUGCCUUGACCUUGCUUUUCAGAUGAAUGAGGUGUCGGUCCUAGUUGAUUAUAAACAGCAUGGAAUUAGUUUUUCGAGUAAUGUUUCA